CAAAGCUAGUGUGUUUAUGUGUGGUAGUGCAUCCUGGAAGAGAUGUAUUUUAGACCUAAGCUAAAUAUUUAGGUCGUGGAUUUUUUUCUGCACCAAUAAGGCGGACGUAAAACAAGGAGAAGAGGGGUAAUGUAUAUUUUUCUGCCGUAAAUUGACCGCUUUGGCUUUUAACAAAGAUGUCGAAGAAAGACUCCUCUUACGGCUCUGACCGGUUUGAGUAUUUACAGACUCUGGUCACUGAAUUUCAGGACACUGACAGUGAAGAGGCAAAGGAGCAGGUGUUGGCUAAUUUGGCCAAUUUUGCAUAUGACCCAAAGAAUAUUCUAUAUCUGAGGGAGCUGCAAGUGACCGAUCUCUUCUUGGACAUGUUGACUGAAGAGAAUGAGAACUUUGUGGAGUUUGGGAUGGGAGGCCUCUGUAAUCUUAGUAUGGAUCCUCAAUGCAGAGACCUCAUCCUACAGAUCGGUGGCAUCUCCUUAAUCACAAAUUGUUUGUCAAGCCAGAGGGAGGAAACGGUUCUGUCGGCUGUCACUACCCUUAUGAACCUCAUAACACCAUCAUCACGCGCCGACAUCACUGAUCCAGCCAUACUGCAGUGCAUGAUGCGCUUUUCCUUGUCAGAGAGCCCCCGUCUGCGUAAUUUGGCUGCUAUAUUUUUACAGGACUGUUGCACGGAGGAGCAGGUGGCCAGAGCAGAGGAGCAGAUGCAGGGACAGCAUCAGACAGCAGUCGGGAUUCCUCUGCCAAAGGACUAACGGAGUCAAUGUUUGGAGCAAUGCAAGUGAGGAACAUUAAAUGGAUAAAUCUGCUCUCUGUGAGAGCACUUUUUUUUUUUUUUUUAAACCUUUAGACUUUUUGAUAUAUUGGAGCAAGUAGGUCUUAGGUGUCAAUCACGGGUAAAAUUUCCAUCCUUUUAAAGCUAGAGCAGUGAAGGAAUUAAACUAUUGUAACAUUGAUAUGUUGCACCGAAAUAUUUUUUUCACAGCACUUAAGCCAAAUGGAACAAACUUUAUUGUGAGUUUUUAUCAAGUUUUGCAGUCAUCUAUGCCAUAUUAAAUGGCAAUUCAGAUCCAUUCGCUCGUUUGACAUAUUAUUUUGGUAACCAAAAAUAUGGAUUACUAGAGGACAUAAUUUUUCUCAGUAAUUACUGAGUGUAAUGUGGAUUUACAAUGUUUAUGUCUUUUUAAAUAGAGAUUGUCAAUGUCAAAUUGAAGCUGGUCAAAACUCAGAAAAACCCUGUUUGUGUUGGCAGAAUUUAAUGAUACAGUUUGGAUCAUGAUACAGGUGUAAUUCAGUAUUUUGGAAUAUUGACAUUUUUUAUUCUAGUUUUUGAAAAAACUGCUUUAAAAAAACACUACAUGUUUAUAAUGUUUUUUAUCCAAUCAGCGUUGUGGAAUCUGCAUUUAUCACAGUGCCUGUAACAGCUAACACUGCUAUGUAGUGGUCAGGGCUUCAUAAACAACACAGAAUGAACCCCGAGCUGUUGUGUAUUUUUGGACAUGCACUAAAAUGAUACCGUUUGGGGAACUGAAACAGUAUUAUAAAACAUAGUAUUGCGAUGCAUACAACACAUUAAAAAAAGAAGAUCCACAAUAAUGUGGAACAUGCAUUAAAACAACACUGGUUUUGACAAGAAGUGUUAAAGUUCAUUCUUGACCUUAGAAAUAUGUCAGGAGUCUUAACUACUGACUCAGAAGACUUGACUUCAUCAUUUUUUAGUAAGUGUUUCACAGAGCUUUUAGCUGCAUCUCAGAACUGGAGUUUGCUCAGUUGCCAUGGAGAUGGUUUACUUGGCCUGCAUACAGGGUAUCAGUCACAUGAUAAAGCUGCUGAAGAGGAUAGACAGAGACAGAAAUGAUGUCAAAACCAUUAACAUGAGCACAAUGAAUGACCUUUUCCUUGAAAAAUGGGUAAACUUCAUCCACUGAGGCACCGAUUUCUUCAGAGGAAUGAUAUGAGAUGUUUGCAGCCUCUGAUACAAUCAUCUAUCAUUUCACUCCCUUUAAUAUCAGCGUGUAGUAAAUGUCAUUUGGCUGGUCUUCAGUAACUUUCCUGAUGUUCUCUUCUAUCAGUAAGACUUCAGUAAAGCAUCCAAGCUUAAGAGACAACAAACAACUGCAAUUUCUCUACCACUAUUAUCAUGUUAGAUAAUAGAAUAUACAUUGUUUUCUU